UCUCAGCACACAACUACAUAUCUCCAUUGUGAUUUGCCUUUCCCAUCCUCGCGUCCCCAUCCAUCACUGUAAAACAUACCAUGGACGCGAUAUUUGACUCUUUUCAGAAAGAGUUCUGCCCUCCGCUGGAUAGCUCCCUCCUUGCCGCUCUUCUCGCCGACAUUGACUACAAUCCAACCCCGGAUGAACCUUCCAUUGAUGCACAAAUCUCAGCCUUGCGCAGCAACCUCAUCGAGCUGGCAGCACACGCCGAUGAGUCCACAUUCGAAUCCUCGGCGGAAAUGGACGCGGCUUUUUCGUGUUCCGACGACACGAACAGUAACCGGGACUUCUGCACUACUACGCCUCCGACAAUCUCUUCGGGAUCUCCUUCGGACCGUAUAUCGCUGACCAUUAACACUCCGCUGGCGUUUUUGCAGAUGGUGCUGCCAAACGUAACUCGCGAGCGGCUAUUGAGCGCUCUUUCGGAGCAAGAAGAACACGAGAUUGACAUAGAUCUGGAUGACGACGAGCUUGCUGCCUUGGCGGCGUUCGAGUCUGCUGCGCAAUGGGAGACAGUCGAGUAUCGGCCUAAGGCUGCGCAGCAGCAUGUCGUGCGAACGGCAAAGCAGGACGGCACUUCGGUCAUUCCGUCCAAGAGAGACAACGAUACCAUCGAUCCCUGGGCGCGGCUUGCCUCGCUGGCGACUCAUGUCUCCAAUCAUCUCCCUCCACAUCAACCAUCGUUUUUCUUGUCCUUCUUCCAUGACCCUGCGAAGGGCAGCACGCCGUACGAGGCCCUGGUGGCUGCUUUGAGGAGCAUACGAUCCACAUCGAGCUCUUCUGGUGAAGAGGAAGACGCUGCCAGAGUUGAGGCAUUGUACACUCUGGUUGACAUCUUGCUUCCUUCAUAUCCUUCACCAUAUGCCUCGCUGCUUUCGGAUACCGAGCUGGCAUUGGCUGCCUCCCACGGUCGUGCCGACGACGCGCUUGAGCUGGUGCGAGUAUUGCGUGACCUGGACCAAGAAGGGGAAAUGGGACGAGGGGUUUUGUAUCACAGUCCAGUCGCCAAUGAACCUCAAUUCUUUGACUCGGGGUCCAAGCCUGCGCCUGUCGUGAAACGUAUUGCAUCGCUCCCUACUGGUCCGCCAAAUCCUCAGCCUCCUCCUCUCGAUCGAGGUUCCUCCACAACACCGGCCCAGGCGGCGAAAACUCGGGGCUGGCAAGCUGUCCCGUCGCGUUGGAAACCACAUAAUAUUCCCAAUCCGUCCAUACCCAAUGCCAAGCGCCACAAAACCCAGCCGUUCCACGUGCCUACUUACUCUCGGGACGUCAAUGGAGUCUCUUCUCGCCAAAGGGGGUCAAACAUCGACGUUUACCGGCUUCGAAUGGGAGAGAAUGUUCGGCGACGGAACGAAAAUGCUGAGAGAAGCAGCACAGGCGUGGUCAAAGUUCCGUGGAGGUCUCGGGGAGAAGCUGCGGGGUAUUAUGCCGAGCGCGCACGCGAAUUCGGCGAAAUGGCCCGACGUGAUUCACUUGACGCUGCUCGGAUGAUCGUUGAUUCUUCUCGCCAUCAGCGUGGAGGAGAUAUGUUGGAUUUGCAUGGUGUCACCGUGUCGGAGGCAGUGAUCAUUGUGAAUGAGGUGCUGUCGGAAGGUUCUUGGGGUGCAGACUCUCCACUGAAGAUCAUCACGGGCCGUGGCGCCCAUUCUGCUAAUAGUGUCAGUGUACUGAAGCCCGCUGUGAGGCGUGCUUUGGAAGCGGAAGGCUGGACAGUCAGCAGUUGGGACGGCGGCCUGAUUGUACGGGGAAGGAAGUAGCCAUAUCCUUAUAUUGCAUAUCAUAGACGACAAAUGUAGCCAAUAUCUCGAUGUAUCUCAAUUGCCCUGUAUAUGCUCUUGAAGACAAUGUAAUCGGACUUGAAAAGGGGGCCGAUCUCGACGGAGGUCAUCAGGACAUCAUGCCAGCUGCAUCUGCCAUUUGCCCAGCACUUGCUGCUUAUGUUCAUGCCUGGUGUCGCAGAUGUUACUAGUUUGCCUGCGAUGGAGGCCAUACAUCGCACACUAGCUUCAAGGGCUGAACAGGAGCGCUCUUGAAACCCACGCAAUAUAACAC